AUGAUCAGCAAAGACUACCAACAUAUUCUUUCACUGUAUUUUGCCAUUCAUGAGAUCAACAAGAACAUUAAGCUGUUACCCAACACUACUCUAGAAGUGGAGAUUUUUGAGCAUAGUUUUGUAAUAAAUUUUGCCAUUCGGAACAUUCUAAAAUUUCUUUUUUUAAAGCAAGGGAAUGCCUUGAAUUACAAUUGUGUCAGAAGGAUGAAAAGCAAGCUCUGGGAUGUCAUUGGUGGCCUCACAUCUCACAGCUCUAUCCACAUAGCUCACAUUUUGAACAUCUACAAAAUUCCACAGCUCAGUUAUGGCUCAUUGGACCCAGCCCUGAGUGAUAAAAUGCAGUUCCCGUCCUACUUCAGUCUGGUUCCCAAUGAACAUCUUCCUCACUUUCUUAGACACAUCCGUUUUAAUAACAGUGCAGGUGAUGAAAUUUUUUUUGAUGACAAGGGAAACUUUGACCCCAGAUACGAUAUCCAGAACCUGGUAACAUUCCAUAAUAAUUCCUUCCAAAGAGUCCAAAUUGGAAGAAUGGACGCCAGAGCCCCUGAUGGGAAAAAGUUCAUCAUUAAGGAAGAUGCCAUUCAUUGGCAUCACAAAUUUGAGAAGGUACCUCCUCAUUCCAGAUGUGUUGAGAGCUGCCACCAGGGAUUCAUGAAAGUCGUUCAAGAAGAGGCACAAAUUUGUUGCUACACUUGCACCAAGUGCUCCGAAGGAAGAAUUUCAUUUCAAAUUGAUGCAGACCAAUGUGAGAGGUGCCCAAAAGAUCAGUAUGCAAAUGCAGGAAGAGAGCAGUGUCUUCCCAAAACUUUCAGUUAUUUAUCCUACAGUGAACCCUUGGGAGUCACACUGACUUCCUUGACUCUUUUCUUUUCAGGAAUCCUCAUUUUAGUGGCAGUGACUUUCAUUCUGCACUGGGACACCCCCAUUGUCAAAGCCAACAACAGGAACAUCACAUGCAUCCUUCUUUCCUCUCUCCUGCUUUGUUUUCUCUGCUCACUGCUAUUUAUUGGCUGGCCAGGGGAGGUAACUUGCUUUCUCAGGCAAACAAUAUUUGGCACAGUUUUCUCCAUUUCUGUCUCCUGCAUCUUGGCCAAAACCAUCACGGUGGUUCUGGCCUUCAUGGCCUCUAAGCCAGGAAACCAGAUGAGGAAGUGGUUAGGAAGAAGACUGGCAGGAUCCAUCAUUGUCAUCUGCUCCUUCAUUCAAGUUGUUAUCUGUGUAGUGUGGUGGACCACAUUUUCUCCAUUCCCUGAGUUUGACAUGCAAUCCCAGAUGGAUAAGAUCAUUGUGCAAUGUAACGAAGGUGCUGAUUUCAUGUUUUAUAUCGUGCUGAGCUAUUUGGGACUUCUGGCCAGUAUCAGUUUCACCGUGGCUUUUUUUGCCAGGAAAUUGCCAGAUACCUUUAAUGAAGCCAAGCUGAUCACCUUCAGUAUGCUUGUGUUUUGCAGCAUUUGGGUGUCCUUCAUCCCAGCUUAUCUUAGCACCAAAGGGAAAUAUAUGGUGGCUGUGGAGAUCUUCUCCAUCUUGGCCUCUACUGCAGGUCUACUGGGUUGCAUCUUUCUCCCCAAGUGCUACAUUAUUCUCCUGAAGCCACAUCUAAACACAAAAGAACAUUUGUCCAAGAGAACGGUUUAA